GUACGGCGAGACUGAGUGUAAAUGGCUGCCGACCUUGCUAGUGUAGUGGAGACGGUAUUCGAGGUCUCUGCGCUCCCCGGGAACGAAGACAGUACCACAGAGGCGAAGCUCGAAACCUCAGAACAGACGCUUUCGGUAGACGACAGCUGGUCUGUGGGGAACGGUAGUCUUCCCCUGGCCGUCCCCACCAACAGCAACCAAGUUGGUGCGGGGCUACACCACGUCGAGUCGAGCACGACCGACUCCGGUGUCUCCAACCCCAGUAGCGUGACGUCCGACAGCGUUCCUCCGUUGGUGACCGCGGAGGAAGAUCUCCUGGCCACGGCCGAGCUUCGCCUGGGUCUGAGGGAGGUGGAACAGGCUCUGGGAGACUUGAACAAAGGUGUGAGAGGCACGCCGAUGUCAUCGGGUUCUGGCUGUGACGAGAAAGAGGGAGGGGAUGGCUUUGAUGAUACUGAAAAAGAAGAAGUUGGAGAAAAAGGGAGUAUAUCGCUGGAGUCCUCAGACAAGAGACAAGGGGAAGGACGGAGCUCCAGUGGUGACGACACCACAUCCUCCCUGGCCUCCUUCUCCCUCGACACCCAGUCCCUCAACAACUUCCCCCCGCCACCAGUGAGAGGAGAGGUAGCCCCGGACGCCGUCUCCCUGCAGGGAGCUCCACGGAGGUCCAGUCUGGGUCUCGGCUGGACUUCACCCAAAGGCUUCCGGGCAGUCUUCAGCAGGACAAGUAAGAACAAGCUGUCAUAUGUUGGGUCAGUGGAUGCCAGGUCUCAGGGGAUGCUGGCUGCCUCCUCUACCACGGGACUCAUCCUCCAGGGAAGACCUCGAACUCUUCCGGCUAAAUCGGCUGCCGAAGUGAAAAACACCAGAACUCUACGAAGAGAUGGUGGCUGGUGCUCGCAGAAAAGAGCUCCAGAAGGGCAAAAAGAGGACAAUUAGUAGAAAGAGAAACAAAGGGAAGAGAGGAAAAGAUGGUGACCCUGCGGCUCGCUGCUGGUUUGGCAGGAAGUUGCGGCCAACUGGGAGAACAUGUGAGAGCA